AUGGCCGCCUCAUUACCAAGUGCUGACCAUAGUCUACCCUUUUCACAGCCUGUAUGUCAAAAUUGUCAGACCUCCACUACGCCCUUAUGGCGACGCGACGAAGCUGGGUCGGUCCUCUGCAAUGCCUGCGGACUUUUCCUCAAGCUGCACGGUCGCCCUCGUCCAAUCAGUCUCAAGACGGAUGUAAUCAAGAGUCGCAAUAGAGUCAAGACCGCCAACCAAGGGCCAAAGAAGAAGUUCGAUCAGAAUGGCCUCCCUGCGUCCCUUCCUGAAGCCACCACUCCUAAUGGCAUCAACCCCCACCGUCGCGUUUCACAGAUGGCUACCUCGGUGACUUCUGAUCGAUCGCAUUCACCCGUAUCGCGGACAGGCACACCUGGCGCACCACAUGAUCCCAACAUCGCUCCUCAACAUCUGUUUGACGGGGCGCUGGCCGAUCACCUAAACGGCUCCCCUUCACUACCUGGUCUACAUGCUCUCAACCAACCAUCCCCUGGCGCGGCCGCCCUUGCCAACGACCGCUCCGAAUCGGUCUCAUACGACCAGCUACUGGCUGUCAACACCACUCUCCGAACCCGAGUGUCGGAAUUGGAAGUCAUCAACAUGGUAUACUCGGACAACGAGAACAGCCUACGCAGAGAGCGAGAUGCGGCCUUCCGAGAGCGCGAUGAAUGGAAACGAAGAGUAGAAGAGUUGGAAAAGCAGCUUCAAGAGCGCGAAGAUUCAGAACAUCCUGCAAAGAAACCUCGACUGUCGCAAGAACCGCAAGAAUAA